GAGGACAAAGAGGGCGAAAAGGAGCCAUCAACAAAUCCACCAAGUGAUGUUGAUUCAGAAACUAGCAACCAAGUGACAGAAAAGGCAAAGGUUGAUAUGAAAUUCCAAGCUGGUUCAACAAAGGACUCCCCUGCAGUUUCCAGUAAUGUUAUGCUUAAAAAGCCUGCAAAAGUGAUUCUUGGUAUAGACGAAAGUGAUCUGAGGUCCAAAGUACAGCUGCCGUGGAAGAAAAAUCUUAAUUUGAGGAUAGAGGAAAGAGCCCAGGCCACGCAACAGAAAAUAUUAGAGAAUGAUAAACUGAAGAAGGAACAGGAAAAGAAGGUUACAAAAAAGCUCCCUAGGGAUGACUUGGCUAAAGAGUGGUUCAAUCCUGAAAGCAUGACACUGAAUACCCGGGCGUACCUGCUGGACAAGCUUCUACCCACCUUGGUUCCCGGAGUGGAACAAAUGCUGAUGCAGGUGGAGAAGAAGAAGCUUUUGAGCCAAGCUGACAUCCCAACCAAGUUUGAUCCAAUUAAUUAUUUGGGGGAAUAUUUAAUGAGACACAACACCCAUUAUAUCAAAGACCCAGGAAUGUCUGGCUACCAGAGGGUGAUGAGAGAGAUCACAGAAGAACUGAAGAUACGUGUCCCUGAUACGAUCAACAACAGAAUAGCCAAGAUGAAGGAGAAAGUGAAAGAGAAGAGAGAACAAAGAGAGUACAUAAGCACAGUCAAAGUCAAGGUGGCCGGCAUGAGAAAGCAGGCUCUGGAGGAGCAGUUCAACGAAUGGGUUCUCAACCCCAAAGGGAUGAUUCCAAUAGUCGUGAUUCAGAACGUCCUUUAUGAUUUUUUUCAGAAGCCAGAGCUGCAUCUUGAAUCACGUUGCAAAGAUCUGGUUAUCAUGAAAUCGGUGGAUCUAGGAUUGACCCAACAGCAGUUUGUACAAUACAUUUCUUCAUACAUCACAGACUUGAAAAGCGAAGUCUUUGAGGAAUUCCUUAAACACCUGUGCCACAGCGCAGAAGAAUUCCGGGAGAUCAUACUAACUGACAUGCGGAGGCAGAUGUUUGCAGAACUCUUCCUACACUGCGACAGUGGGAAGGUGAUGGCCUUGGAUCGGCAGAGGACUCUGGCCCUGCUGGAAUCGUUCUAUGAUCAAUGCUCUUCCACCACUAGGAGUUUACUCCGAAACCCACGACAAUGGCCCUUUGUUGAAUUUGAAGAGAUUGAGUUGACUGAGUUCUGGGGAGACAUGGAUAUUAAGAAGCACAUUUAUGAAGACUUUGAUGCACUGCUCUUAAAGAUGAAUAUGUUAGUUGCUGAAAAACUUGCAGACAAACUCACAGAAAACAAAGAUCUCCCACAGCAGCAGAGAGAUCAAGAACUUUCAUCGGCCUCAACAACGGAGCCAGAAACUGCCGCACAACUGACCUCUCAACAGAGAUCCCGUAGAGUAUCACUUACAGGACAAGGACAGGGCAAAGGGCCUCGCAAAACAUCUGCUUCAAAACAAGGAGCAAGGAGAGGGUCGGUGGCAGAGCAAGGGUCCCGAAGAAGCUCUACAGUAGAACAAACCCAGCGGAGAGGGUCGGUGGCAGAGCAAGGGUCCCGAAGAAGCUCGGCAGUAGAACAAACCCAGCGGAGAGGGUCGAUGGCAGAGCAAGGGUCCCGAAGAAGCUCGGGAGUGAACCAAACCCAGCGGAGAGGGUCGGUGGCAGAACAAGGGUCCCGAAGAAGCUCGGGAGUGAACCAAACCCAGCAGAGAGGGUCGGUGGCAGAACAAGGGUCCCGAAGAAGCUCGGCAGCAGAACAAACUCAGCAGAGAGGGUCAGUGGCAGAGCAAGGGUCCCGAAGAAGCUCAGCAGUAGAACAAACGCAGCAGAGAGGGUCAGUGGCAGAGCAAGGGUCCCGAAGAAGCUCAGCCAUGGAACAAGAGCCACAAACAGCACAAGACCCAAACAGAGAUUCAUUGCCAGAACAAGAAUCACACAGAGGGUCCAUUACGGAAGGAUCACACAGUGGGUCAAUUUCAGAACCUGGGCAACGCAGAGCAUCAGUAACAGGACAACGCAGAAAGUCAUCUGUAGAUGACGCCGGAAGUGCAGAAGCAGAGUCACGCAGAGGAUCAGGGAUAGAUCAAGGACAGCACAGAGGAUCAGUAGGGCAGCGCAAAGGGUCAGGAGAACGCAAAAUGUCAGCUUCAGAGUAUGGACCACAUCAAGAGUCCACAACAGAAGAGCCACUCACUGAGUCAGAACCAGGACCACAAAUAGACACUAUUCAAGAACUAGAUGAAGACUCAGCUCCACAAUUAGAAGAAGAUGGUGCCUUUAAAAAAGGUAAAACCUUGGAACUCACUAAAAUAGAAACUCAAGAAGAAAAGCCUUUGCUGCCCAUCAACAAAGAGCAAGUCCCCAUGGAUUCCAAACAGCCAGAAGUUCCCACAUCCAGCAAAAAGGAACGUCCAUCAGGCAGCCCCAAAAAAGGGCGCCUUUCAGGAACUUCAAAAAGGGAUUCUCAGAAAGACAAAGCCUGUGAACCAAAGCCACAACAUGUAGAAGGAAAAAAAUGGUCAGGAGAAUUUUCAAUCUGUGACUGGAAGAUAAAGCAUGUCAAAUCUGAAGAGGAGGAACAGGCCAAGUUAAUCUGUGAUGACACCAGAUUCACAGACCUACAUGCGACUAUUAGGAAUUUUCAGUCUUACAAGGGGAUCAAAGGGAGGAGUGCCUUCAAUGGAGUCUCCCUCGACUUGCUGCAAUUUGUACAGCUCCUGGAGACAUUUGUUGGUGAAGACACCUCCUUCAGUCUCAGCAAGGACCUCGCCUCCUUUUUUCAGAAGAACUAUUCUGAAACAAAGCAAGAGAAAAUUAAAGCCUUAGAACAGGCCAGACAAAAUUCCUCCCGCAUUCGACGGAGAAUUCUCCUCCAAGCCAUCUUUGAGAAGUGGGACAAUGAUGGCUCAGGCUUUCUGAAUCUGAAUGAAGUUGAUGAUCUCCUGUAUACAUAUAAGGAGGGAAUGGAAAGAGAAUCUAUGAAGAAAGCUAAACUGCACAUAAAUUUUCCAAAGCCAAGUCCCGGUCACGAAGUUAAACUGUCUUCAAAGCAAUUUCAGAGGUACAUAGAACUGGUCGUAUCUGAACUCAGGGGCAAUGAAGACGAAGUUCUGGAAAGUGUUGUGGAAUUCCUGAUGGGUUCUUUAGAAAGGAGCCACGUUGAGGGUCUAAGGAACUGUGCAAGGCGGAAAUGGCUCCAUCAGAUUCAGUAUGCUGCAGAGACAAGUGGAGUGUCCCUGGAGCCGGUGUACACUGAGACCUUCAGGGCCCUCACCCAGGACGCUGAGGCUCACGGAAAUAAGAAGAUCAGUGCUCACAUCUCCCUCCUAGAGGAAAACGUGUUCCUGCCUGAGAGAGGGCACGUUCUCUUGAGGAACGUGGCUUGCACUCUAGAUGACGCUCCGUUCGUCCUGAACAAAGUGCUCUACAGGGACAUGAAGGGAAUCAGCUUUACAGUAGUGGAUGAAGGAAAGCCAAUCCAUGUCCCCCAAGUUCAGCACCAUGGAAAUAUCUUCUUCUGGAACAGUUUCCGAAGUAAGAACGAGCAUAACGGGUCGUUCCUGGCUUUGCCUCUUCAGGAUGCAUACAUGAGGAUCUUUGGGGUCCUGGCAGUUGACACGCUUCGAGAUCCUCAUGAAAUAAACAUCUUCUUACCUCAUGAGAUCAAAUUCUAUCAGGGGGUCGCCAAUGCCUUCAGCACGGCUUACCACCACGUCCACAGCAGGGAACACGUGCUGCACUCCGUGAUGACUGGCAUCCGGUGGCUCUUCAGUGUCACAUCUGGCAUCACCACCAUCACUACAUGCUUCAUCGAACCUAGCUCAGAACAGGAAGACUAUGUUUUGCGCAAUAUGAUGGUUACAGAUUGUCUCGGUCUAGCAGAAAUCCACACAGAUCCCCCGACCAUCACGAGGAACGCAUGCAUCUUUAGGGACUUCCUCUUUAAAUGCACAGACACUUCAGAAGUUAUUUUGGCUUCUUCCGGUGGAGAAACCCACAUUGCCAUUCCACUUCGCCAGAGAACCAAAGAGGCCAUGGGCGUCCUCGAUGUUAACAUUGGCCGGAGCAGGAUGCUGCUGUACCAAGAGUAUAAAGAUCUACAGAAAAUGGUGAAGAUGAUCCAAAACGUCUCCUAUGAAAUACUGGGCGAAUUCUCUGGAGAAAUCGAGAAAACUAUGGUUUUAGAGAUGGAAUCGGCAGGAGAGGUGAAGCGGGCAGGGAUCCUUUUCUUCCGAACCAUGCUGCAGGAGCUGCAGGAAUGCCUCCGCCUCCUCGACUCCAUGGACUUUGUGUCGCUGCUUCUCUAUGAGCACAAAUAUCAUGUCGACUCGGUCCUUCAGGACAUCACUCCCCAGGAGGUGGAAGCCAAUGUGGCCCUGGUGCACGACGUCCUGAAAGGAGUUAUUCUGUUCUCUCAGCGGGAGAAAGACUCUUUAAGCGACUUGGAAGAGUGGGAAAAAUGGAAGUUUCAUAUUAACAAGUACUUAGUGGAGGAGAUUUGUGUGCUUGAUCCGACCGCUAGCAACGUGGAGGUUAACGUAGAGCUCAUUACAAGCUAUAUCCAAGCUCAUUCUCGGACUGAAGUCUGGGAAUUCAGGAACAUUGUCAUUGAACUUCUGUAUCACUGGAUAAACAUUUGUCUGACUCUCAUAGAGCUAAACAUGCGACAAGAUAGUUCCAUUAUUCCGCCAUUGCCCAAGAAGAGUGCCACCUCUAUUUAUGCAAUAUCCUCAGAAAGAUCAAUCCGGGAGAAAUUUUAAGGACUGGUGACAGACUGUGAUGUGUCCUGAGUGUCUUAUAAGUGGAGAUUGGCAGCCUGUACCCUUUCCUGAUAAGACGCCAGUGUCAUUACCAGCUAUCUUGUCUCGGAUGAACUCAUGACCAACGUUUCCACUCUUGGCCACUUCGUAUUUGGAGGGAAGCAUUUUCGGGCAUUUGCAGCAACAUUUCUAGCAACAGUGUUCCUGGAGAUAUUAAACUGAUAGCCGUAUAUCUGGGUGGGUUCAGAGCAAACGUGUAAAAACAGAGGAUGGUGCAGGCAGCUGGGGAGAGGCGGCCAGAGGGGCU